AUGGCUUAUCCGAAAAGGCGGCAGCGCCGGCGGCGCCAUCGCUGCCCACCCCGCAUGCCCAGAGCGCUGCCGGUCUUCACCUUUGUGUUGGCACCGGUUCCAAUCCCACCGCCUCAGCCGCUAGCUCAGGUCCGACAGAAUUACCACCGCGACUGCGAGAUCGCAGUCAAUAACCUGAUCCAGCUUCAGCUCUACGCCUCCUAUGUGUAUCUGUCUAUGGCCUUCUACUGCGAUCGUUGUGAUGUGGCUUUGAAGAACUUCUCCCGUUUCUUCCUACGCCGGUCCCAUCAGUGGACUGAAGACACCGAGAAGCUUCUGUGGUUGCAGAAUGAACGUGGAGGUCGCUUCAACCUGCGCCGCAUUAACAAGCCUGACCGCGACGACUGGCACAGCGGCCUCCAGGCCAUGGAGUGCUCCUUCUACCUGGAGAUGACCAUCUCGGAGAGCUUCGUGGAGCUGUACCAACUGGCCAUCAGUAAGAACGACCCGCACCUCUACAACUACGUGAAACGCCACUGUCUGCGGCCGCAGUUGGAGAACGUGAAGAAGGUGGCAAACUACCUGUCUGAACUGCGGAGAAAGAGGGACGGGAUGAACGAGUACCUCUUUGAUAGGAAUGUCCUGGGCAAGAUGGACGAGGACUGA